UACAUAAAUUACGCAUUUCCAUCGACUGCCUUAUAAGAUUCUUAUAAGAUUCUUGCAGAUAUUCUGUAAGAUUCCUAUAGGAAUCUUAUAUAAGAUUUGAUCUCUAGGGUAGUUAAUGUAAUUUUAAUCUGAAUAGUUGGCAGAAUAUCGGACGAACACUGUUUCUUUUGGAUAGAUAAUAAAUGGAUAUAUAGAUUAAAAUAGAAACUUUGUUCUUUUCUAUAGAUUGCUUAUCUCGAAAACUCGCUUUUUUUAAGAUCAGUAGAGGAGAAGACCGAAAGCGGUACAUUUGAUCUCUAUAGUUCAACUAUAUUUUCUUUUUUCCUUGCUUUUGUGCUCUAGAAUUGCCAUUUGAUAGGAUUUCUGUUCUGAAACCAAGCAACAGAAGACUAUUAUAGUAACUCAGAAAACCUAGAAAACUCAGCAAAAAUCGCUUUAAAUCAUGAAGAAUUCGGGAUAAUGACAUAUUCGUCUACUUUAUCCUUUGGAGAAAUAAAAACCGAAAGUCGUUCUUUCUUUGUCUUAUUUCUAUCUCAUAUACAAUCAAUUUUUUUCUUCGGAGAUGGACGAAAAAAAAUUUAUAAAAAAAUUUUUAAAACUUACUUGCUAGUGCUGCAUAACUUAAUUUCUAAAAAACUUGGAAAAUGUAGGGCGGUAGGGUAUCUGAUGUUGAUCUAGAGAAAUCGAUUGCUCAUCUUCGUUCUCGUCAUCGUCGUCUUGUUGACGUCGUUCGUCUUCUUCUUGAUUGUCAUUCUUUGUUGUACUAAACGUCUGUGAUUCAUCAGCAUAUUUCAUACACUUACUAAAAAUUAAGGUUUAAAGCUGUAAACACCGAUGACGUCCAUCUCCGAAGAAAAAAAAUUGAUUGUAUAUGAGAUAGAAAUAAGACAAAGAAAGAACGACUUUCGGUUUUUAUUUCUCCAAAGGACAAAGUAGACGAAUAUGUCAUUAUCCGUGUCCGACACAUCAAAUCCGCCAGACUAUUCUUAUACAUGGGGUGUUCUUCUAUUUCUGUGAAGAGGUUUAACCGCAAGUUGUCUUCUGUUUAGAUGAAUAUUCGUUCUAUGGCAAAUGGCUGCGAGCUAGUGUUUGCUCCUAACCGAUGAGCACGCUUUAGUAUUUCAGCUAUUAAAAAUUUUGAAGUCUCAAAUUUUGGCCGCCCUACUUUACACCCGAUUUACCCAAAAACUAAAAAAAAACUGAUUUCAAAUUAGAACUCUGCACUCUGCAAAAUGUCGUUUUUCUCAAUUUCUGCUAAUUUGAGUUCAGAAUAUUAAUCAGAAAAUCAUUGGGGUGUUGGAGAAGCACAAACAAUCUGCGACUUUCAUAUGAAAACCAAUAAACCGGCUCUAGUCAUUUCACAUUCUCUUCCUCGGUCGGCUUAAGAAGCUCGAAAGGUGCCUUUUUCUCAAGCUAUCACGCUCAUUUUCCAAGUUUUUUAGAAAUUAAGUUAUGCAGCACUAGCAACUUUCGGUUCGACAUCAAAACGGUACUCAGUUGUGUCAUUAAAGGCAAGGUGUGAAGUGUGUGGAUCAUCGCAAUCCACGCUUGGACUACCAUCUGGCUUCCGUAGAAAUGACGCUAAUUUCUUCUCGUUAUCCCAGUGGGACACUCUGUGCAUGAGGUCGACUCCACCGAGUAAUUACAAAUUGAAACUUGAAUUUGGAAAGUUGAAAAUGGAUAUAUCGAGAUUAAUUCCUCUUGAAAGCUAUGAUCCUCAAGAAAUUGUUGAUAGAAUUAGACAUAUUGAGGUGUCCGAUGAUGAACAUGAACGUCCGUCAAGUCGUCAAAAGCCGCUAACAUCCAUCCAACUGGCUCAAAUGAUGUUUGAUGAUAUUAGUCAAGUAGAGUUUACAAAUUUCGGUGGGAUUGCUUUAGAGUAUUUGACAUUGUAUAGAGAAUUUUCUUUAUGCUUAGGUGCGUUUGUUGUCACGCAAAAGGAUGGUUCAAUCGAUGGAGCAUGGUAUUUUCCAGUGUACUUGCGGUUUUUCUCGUUUAACGAAGAAAUCGAACGAUUGUGUACACAUCAUUGCUGUAAAGCGGAAAAUGCACAUUCGAGUUGA